AUGCUUGACGACCAGAUGGCGCGCCUGUUGUUUAUUGCGCCUAUCCUGGCGUUGGCCAUUAUGCCAAUAUACUUCUUAUUCCUAAAAGGACCUCCUCCUCUACCCGACAUCGAUAUGAACGAAUGGUGGGGCCCAGAGAAGCUGAAAGAAAAACCUGACACCAGCAUAAAACCCUUCAAAAUUGCUUUUGGAGACACUGUCGUGAAAGACUUAAAAGACCGUCUCAAAAGAUCUCGGUCUUUCACUGCUCCGCUUGAAGGCGUAGCAUUCCAGUACGGUUUCAACACAGCUCAACUGGACGGUUGGUUGAAGUACUGGGCCAAUGAUUACCAGUUCAAGGAGAGGGAGACCUUCCUCAAUCAGUACCCACAGUUCAAAACUAAUAUUCAGGGUCUUGAUAUUCACUUCAUCAGGGUUACGCCGAAGGUGCCCGCAGGAGUGGAAGUAGUACCGCUACUGCUCCUCCACGGAUGGCCAGGCUCUGUCAGGGAGUUCUACGAAUCCAUUCCUCUCAUCACUGCAGUCAGCAAGGACCGUGAUUUUGCUGUCGAAGUCAUUGUUCCAAGUCUACCGGGCUAUGGAUUCUCUGAUGCUGCAGUUCGACCCGGCCUGGGAGCUCCACAAAUAGGAGUUGUGAUGAAGAACCUGAUGAAUAGACUUGGAUACAAGAAGUUCUACCUCCAGGGUGGAGACUGGGGCAGUCUUAUUGGAAGCAACAUGGUCACUCUCUUCCCUGAUGACAUCUUAGGUUUCCACACGAACCUAGCAACGACGAUGAAUCCUGUCGCCACCCUCAUAGAACUGAUCGGUUCUCUGUACCCUCCGCUGGUUGUGGAGGAACAUCUGGCAGACAGAAUGUACCCCAUGAAGAAGAGGUUCUCUCAUUUACUGGAGGAAACUGGGUACAUGCAUAUUCAAGCUAGCAAACCUGAUACUGUUGGUGUCGGUCUAUCAGACUCACCAGCCGGUCUUCUGGCAUAUAUCUUGGAGAAGUUCUCCACCUGGACUCGACCGGAGCAUCGUGCAAAACCUGACGGAGGCCUUACCUUCCGUUUCUCAAAGGACCAGCUGCUUGACAACCUGAUGUUCUAUUGGGCUCCUGGCUCCAUCACCACCUCCAUGAGGCUAUACUCUGAGAACUUCAACUCCAAAGUUAUGGGAAUGAAGCUUGAUGAGAUCCCAACCAAGGCUCCAGUUUGGGUGGCUCAAGCCAAAUAUGAACUGGCGUACCAACCACCAUUCCUUAUAAAGCUGAAGUUCAACAACCUGGUCGGAGUGACAGUCCUCGAUGAUGGAGGGCAUUUCCUAGCCUUCGAGCUGCCCAAGAUCUUCGCAGAGGAUGUCUUGAAGGCGCUCGGAGAGUUCAGGAAGGUAGCCAAGAAGAAUGUCAAGACUGAUUUAUAAUUUUAGUUUGGAAAUGAAAAUUUUUGUACAGAGUAUUUUGUUUUUUUAUUAUAAAGAGAAUAUUUGAAAUGU